CCUACUGUCACAACUCCACCACCCCCGCCAUGAAGAGCAAGCUCGACCUCAGCGACGGCGACGAUGCCGAUCAACACACAGCUCUUGUCCCUUUCCACCACUUCCAAGAAGUCCACAGCCCUCAAAACCUCAAGAGUCCGCCCCGCGGGAGCGUAAAACCCGGGGAUCCCUCGUCAGGCGGAGGCGAUGGUGCCUCCAUCGAGGUCGCCAAGCGCCGCCGUGGCCGGCCUCCCGGCUCCAAGAAUAAGCCUAAGCCGCCCGUCGUCAUCACCUGUGAGGCAGAGCCGCAGGCCGCCGCCAUGCGCCCGCAUGUGCUCGAGAUCCCCGCCGGGCACGACGUCGUCAGUUCGCUGGGGCUAUUCGCGCGCAGACGGGGCCUCGGCCUCUGCGUCCUCUCCGGCACCGGUGCCGUCACCAACGUCGCGCUUCGCCAGCCGCCGCCCGCGGCUGCCGCCUCCAUCUGCUUCCACGGCAGGUUCGAGAUCCUAUCUCUGUCCGCCACGUUCCUCCCGCCGCUGGCCGGCGAUGCGGUGGCCGCCAAAGUCUGCAGCGGCGGAGGAGAGGUGUCGAUCUCUCUGGCCGGGCCUCAGGGGCAGGUUGUGGGCGGGACCGUUGCGGGUCCGCUGGUGGCGGCGGGGACAGUAGUGGUGGUGGCUGCCGCCUUCUCCGACCCUACAUUCCACCGGCUGCCAAUGGAGGAGGACGUGUCGCUCUCCGUGUCAGGCUGCGGCGGAGGAGGAGGAGACGCAGGCGAAGGAAACGUGCAGGAGCAUAGUGGUCAACAGCAGGAACACCGUCACCGGCGCCGCCACGUGCAUGCCGUAUCCACCACGGCAGAGUCGGUGUACGGUGGGCAUCUGUCGCCGGACAUCAUCUGGGCUCCGGCCGGCCGCAUGCCGCUUCCGCCGCCUUACUGAUCGAUCGUAGAACCCGUAAUUGUUAAUCAACGCUCGUUCUUCUCGCUGCUUAAACUUAAUAUCCGAUCCUCUCUCUUUUUCAUCUCAUGCACUCGCCUCGAUUGAUUCCAUUGCUAUUAAGUUUCAGACAAUUAAUUUAUGUGGAUUUUGCGGUGGUUUGC